AAUACACCACCAUCACCGUUCAUAGAUUUGGUAACAGUAGCCAGUCGCCGUUUCGCUUUCCUCUUUUUUCCUCCCACUGUUCUCUCUGUCUCUGUAAUGGUGUAUCGCCAACUAAUCUUCAUAAUUCAUAUUCUCUGACCAAUCUCUCUUCAGAAUUCAAAUAGGAAAACCAUGUUGGUUUGUUCUCAGCUUCCACAGUGGCUGCAAGUUCUUCUUACUGAGAAAUUCUUCAACGCUUGCAUAAUUCAUGAAGAGGCCAAGAAGAACGAGAAGAACAUCUUUUGCUUGGACUGUUGCAUCAGCAUAUGCCCUCACUGUUUGACCCCUCACCGCUCUCACAGGCUCUUACAGAUUAGAAGGUAUGUGUAUCAUGAUGUUGUAAGGCUGGAUGAUGCUGACAAGUUAAUGGACUGUGCCUUUGUCCAAUCAUACAUAACGAACAGUGCAAAAGUAAUAUUUAUAAACCAAAGGCCACAGACAAGGCAAUUUAGAGGCUCCGGUAACAUCUGCAGCACUUGUGACAGAAGCUUGCAAGACCCAUAUCUCUUCUGCUCCCUCUCUUGCAAGGUUAAUUAUCUCUUAAGAACGCAAGGUGGGCUCUCGGAGUUCAUUUUUGACUGUAAGUUCUUACCUUUGCCGGAGCCAUGUUCGGACGACGGUUUGAUGACGCCUGACUCGGUCCUCGAACCUUCUGGCUCCACCAGGACGUCUUCCGAGUCAGACGGGCACGGCGGGGACUGGAGCAGGACGCUUGCUUGCACUGCCACAACCGAGGUCGUGAGGAAGAAGAGGAGCAGCUUAAAGUUUUGCCGGUCGAUAUGCUCGCCGGUUUCAGAAGUUUCCGGCAAUUUAAUCAACCGCAGAAAGAAAACUCCGCAGAGAGCUCCGCUCUACUGAAUUCGUCUUGGGGAAACGGAGAGUGGCAAGGGAGAAGUGGAAAUAGUAUACAGAUUGAAAAUUCUUAUUUUAAUCAAGGGCAAUUUAGGGAUAAAAUAUUUCUCCCAAUUUUGGUUUUGUAGCCUCUCCUCUUUUAAUCGCUAACUCAACGGCUUUUUUUCGGGGUUUUUACUCUCUAUUAUUGUUGGCUUUUAUUUCCUUUUGUGCGAAUUGUUGGCUUAUUUUAUUUCUAUUUUUUUUUCCUUCUGUGCGAAUUGUUGGCUUAUUUCAAUUGUGUGCUCUCC